AUGACCUUCAAAGUGCUUCUCCUCGGCGACAGCGGCGUCGGCAAGACUUCGCUGAGGACACAGUACCUGCACAAGACAUUCAGCUUGAGUUAUCGUGCUACCAUUGGCGCAAACUUCAUCACAAAGCAAGUACCGGUCUCUCCACAUCCAGCGACUGGAUCUAUGGAUGUGUGCGCAUCAGGGGAGAUGGUGUCGUUGUGUUUAUGGGAUACAGCAGGUCAAGAGCGUUUCAAUGCACUAGGCCCUUCAUUCUUUCGUGGUGCCGAUGCAGCGCUGCUUCUGUAUGACUGCACUGUACCCGACUCCAUACAAAGACUCAAGCAUCAUUUGGCGAGUUUCUUGAAACACAGCGGGACGGCAAACCCGGUUGUUGUGCUCGUUGGGAAUAAGUGUGAUUGUGGAUGUCUUGUGUCUCCUGAAGAGGCCCUGAUUGCAUUGGAGCAGUCUCAUGCGCUGGAUGGAGAUGCUGAGUGGUAUACAAUGCGUGAAGAUGUGGACGUGAGAGAAGUGAGUGCACGGACUGGGAUGGGUGUGGAUGCACUGUUUAGAGAGGUUGCCCAGCGGUGUCGUGAUCGUGAAGCGCGACGCGACUUGCUUGCUUUUGAGGUGGAAGACGAUGCAGACUUGCACAGAAGAAGCAUCGUUGCCCUGAAACGACCUAUUGCAGCGACCCGGCUCCAUACACGGACACGACACAGCGCACACGUCCAAUCCACCAUGACGCUCGCUCCAUCCACCAUCUGGCGCAUCGGCGCAGGCUACGGCUUCGCAGCUGUCGGACUCGGCGCAUUCGGCGCGCAUGGUCUACAGCAGCGCGCAGGAAUCGAUGCCAAAUCCCUUAAAAACUGGGAAACAGCGUCAAGCUACCUGCUCCAGGCAUCGUUUCACUGCGCCGCUGAUUGCAUUGGGGCAUUCAUGUUUAGUGGCAGUAUCUAUGGUCUUGUGUUGGGUUCUCCAUCGCUUCGUAAGGUCCUUGGCCCUGUCACGCCCCUCGGCGUCCCGAAUGUGACUGCAUCCUUUCCAGCUAUGCAUCAUUUGACAUCUUCGACACUUCCACUUCAAUCAUCCCAUGCACCGUCCAUGGAAGUCGUGCCUGGAGUACGAUCCCUCUUGCCACCACCCGACGCAGCGCUAGAGGCAGAUACUCUCAUUCGACAUUUGACGACGCUAUACACCGAUAAAAUCAAGCUCAAUGGCGAUAAGCGACCAACCAUCAAAUGCACAGACCUGCGGGUGCCUGGAACGCAGUAUGUCUUGCAAUCCUGGAAGAUGGAUGAGUUCAGCUAUGGAAAGCCUGAUAAGCCGCUACCAACAGACGCACGUGGGCUGUUUACCAUGAAGGAAGGCGAUCGGUAUCAAAUUAUCGCUCGCGGUUACGACAAGUUCUUCAAUACCGAUGAAGUAGCGGCGACUAAAUGGCAGGCGCUCGAGCAGACGACGUCAGGGCCGUAUGACUUGACCCUCAAGUCGAAUGGCUGCAUCAUCUUCCUUGCUGCUCUGCCGAAUGGAGAAUUGCUGGUCACAUCGAAACACAGUCUAGGUGCACGAUCGGACACGGCAGAGUCACAUGCACAGCGAGGUGAAUAUUGGAUCAAGAGGCACCUUGAAAAGGUUGGCAAGACAACAAAGGAGCUGGCUCAUGUCUUGCAAAAGCACAACAUCACUGCUGUCGCAGAAUUGUGUGAUGAUGCUUUUGAAGAACACAUCCUGGCAUAUCCGCCUGAGAAGAGCGGUUUGUACCUACAUGGACUGAACAUCAAUACUCCUCGCUUUGCCACGUACAGUGCUGCCGACGUUGCUACUUUUGCAGAGUAUUUCGGCAUGUUCAAGACAGACUUCAUCACAAAACCAGACUUGCCGUCCUUGCGCGCAUUGCUGGAAAAGUGUAGCAAGUCUGGUACCUAUCUCGGCACUGAAGUUGAAGGAUUCGUCAUUCGCACGCGACGUCCUGAUGGUGACUUUUUCUUCAAGUACAAGUUUGAGGAACCCUACCUCCUCUUUCGACAAUGGAGAGAAGUCACCAAGCAAAUCAUCAGCGGUGGAGAACCUGUUUUCAAGAAGCAUGCAACUAUCACGCGAGAAUACAUUCAAUUCAUAUUGCCUUUGAUACGAGACGCCUCCCUCGCAAAGCAAUACCAGCAGAAUCACGGCAUCAUCGAACUCAGACAGCGGUUCCUUGACCACCGAGGUGGAGACUUGACUGACAUCAUCAACAAUCCAGAACUCGCUCCCGUCGAGAUAGAUCCGAGGAAAGACUGGUUUGUCCUUGUGCCCAUUGCAACCAUCGGUUGUGGCAAGACGACAUUGGCACUCGCACUUGAACGGUUGUUUGGAUUUGGUCAUAUUCAAAAUGACAACAUCCUGGCAAAGAAGGCCUCUUUUCCUUUUGCAGAAGGUGUCUAUAUAGAACUUUCCGCCAAGCGUAUCGUGGUUGCAGACCGCAACAACCACAUGUUGCAUGAACGAAAGUCACUUGCGCAUGACUUGAUUGGUCUUCGCAAAGUGAGAGACCCGCCUCUUCAUUUUGUGGCUCUGUCCUUUGAGCAGAGUGCCGGCGCAAGAGAGGUUAUGGCUCAGCGUGUGCUUGCUCGUGGCGAUAACCAUCAAUCCAUCCGUGCUGCAACACAAGGUCCCGAGGCUAUCCUCAAAAUCAUGAAUGGCUUUCAUCAACGAUUCCAGCCGCUCGAUACAAGCAAGCCCCCUGAUGAUGUCUUUUGGGAGGUGAUAUCCCUGGAUCCAUGCCUUUCGGUGCAUGAAAAUUUGCAAAAGGUCGUCACAUGGCUGGUCGACCAUCAACUUGUGCCAAACAUGCCAAAUCGAGCGACCAUGGACGAUGCAGUCGAGUAUGCCAUGGGAUACAAGCCAAGCGUGCAUAAGCACGUUGCAGUCCAUGAAUCUCAAACAAAGCAGAAAAAGACUCCCAAGGUGACUUACUUUGGUCUCGCUGUGCUUGAGUCGUCUCAGGUGCUGAACUUGCAGCAUCCAAUCAUUGAGCAAUUCAAGCGCAACAACUGGCUUCAAAACACAUUUCACAUAACUCUAGCGCAUCGUGCUUCGUCUCAAAAGCAUACAGAUGUUUGGCAAUACUAUACGUCGCGUACUUGGGAAGACGAAGAAAUAAUCAAGGUCCGCUCAACGCACCUCGUCUUCAAUCAAGAAAUUGCGGCUCUUGCUAUUGCCUCUGAGACGGUCUCGCUGCCUUUUGUAAAUGAUCAUUUGCACAUCACUUUGGGCACUGCACCGGAAGUCAAACCUGUCGCUGCGAAUGCACUUUUGGAGCGGUGGCAUGCUGGAGAUGAUGGUGUUCAAGCAGUGGAAUUUGAGGCGACUUUCGAUGUCCAGUUGAGACGCUUUUACUAG